AAGAACUAAAUGGAAUCGUGAAAAGGAGAAUAUCAAAGAAGGAGAUUUAGUAGUCAUAAAGGACGAUAGGUUGGCUCCAAAUGAAUGGAAGUUGGGUCGAAUUGCAAAAACAUAUCUCGGUAGCGAUCAGAAUACGAGGGUUGUAGACUUACGGACAUCAAGUGGCAACAUUAGCAGACCUAUCACAUAAAUUGUCAAAUUGUUUUCCGACUGACUAGCCGGAAUCCUACUUAAAAAAGAACAUAGUACUCGCCUUUGGUUUUUUUCAGAUAUGGCUGCCUACUUGCCCAAUCAAGACUGCCGUUUAGAUGAUCGCAGCCGCAGUCCCAACCAAUCCGCACGUCCAACAGCGAGAAGUUCUAGCAGACCCAGACGCCCAACCGAACCCAUUCCCAGCAGACCGGCUCAUAGACACCGCAGACUUCCCAGUUCCACAUCGCCAGAAAGACGUCAACGAAGCCGCUCCGCUGCAAGAUCCCGCCAACGCCAAGAACGACCCAGCUAUUGGCAGUACUCCUGUGGGUUGUGUCAGGAGGACCAUGCCCUCAGUGCUUGCGAAAGGUUUCGCCACCAGACCCCCUUCCAGCGCUAUGAGACUGUGGAGCGUAGGGGGUACUGCAGAAAUUGCCUUGCCAGAAGUCAUUUGGCCCCUGACUGUCCGUCGUUGACUGGUUGCAGGAGGUGCAACAAUCGGCAUCAUACGCUGCUACACGGGGCGUCUCAGCUGGAGGAAGUAUCUCUAAACAUGGAAGUUGUAACAACACCAAACUUUGCGUGGGAUUUGGUAUUUGUGCCAACGGCUAUGGUGUACAUCAAAGCUGACAAAAUAGAGGGGUACACCAUGAUAAGGGCAUUAAUCAGCCAAUCAGCGACGAUGUCCAAAAUAUCGUAUGCGGCUUUCCGUAGAUUGGGCUUACAAUCGCGGAUUUACAAAGGGCAGCGAUUUACCACCUUUACGGUUUCGCCCCGCCGCACAAACAGCCACUGGAGUCUUAGAGUCAAUGCCUUGAUAAUCGAAGAUUUGCCCAGGCGCAUUUACUCGGACCCGAUCCUCGAGGACCCCACAAGAAGUUUCAGAAAUUGCGCCCUAGCCGACCCUGAUCCCCGAGGCAACAAUCCCGUCGAUGUGGAACUGGGUGCUGACGUUUACUCAGCCAUAAGGAAAGACGAGUGCAAGGAGGCUGGAAUUGGAGAUGUCCUGGCCUAUGAUACCCAACUGGGUUACGUGUUUGCCGGUCCAAUAAAAAAUAUGCCAAAAAUAUAAAGAACAAUAUUGUAUUUCAAAAAUGAA